AAAACGCGCCAAUACAAAUAUCAAUGAGCACAAUUCAGCUAAAAAGAUCGCUUCGUGAUGUCCUACCUACGUAUCAAGGAGAGUUUCCUCCAAAAUUACUAGACUAUAUAGCAUCAUUGUACCAAUUGAGUUUACGAAAACAAGGUGUACUACCCAAUAAAGCAGAGAUAGCAAGAUAUCACCUAUGUGCAUACCUGGUUGCUGAAAAGUACCAAGAAAAGUUUGAUCUCCCAUCUCCUCAGAUAACCAGAAUCCCAAUACAACCGAAACUAGUAGGCAAGCUUCUAGACGACUUCAGAGAGUUUAUAGAUCAAGUUUCUGCUGCUAGUUCUCCCAAUACCAGCCCUCGAAAGAGAAGAGCUGAUGUCGAAGAUCCAGUUACUCCUACCAAAGGUCUGAAGGUUGUUCCUGGUCAGUUUACAAAAAGUGCACCUAAAGUCGGAUCUCCAUUAAAGAGAUUGCAACAGUUACAAAAAGAAGAUACGCCUGGUUCCAAGAAACAAAAGACUGGUGUUCUUAAAGAUAUUGAAUCGCCAUUUAACCAAAAGACCACCAGCCCCCUGAAAUCACCAUUUAAUAAAAAGAACAAUCGUGAAGGCAGUCCCCUGUCACCACAUGUAUACAAGUAUGACAAGAAAAACGUUCUGAUUCUGGACUUCAUCACAUUUUGCAAUAACUUUUAUAUCCCAGCACAAACAUCAGCAAAAAUGACAGAAACAUUCCUCAUGCAUAAACACAAAUUUGUCAAGAAAUCAGAAUGGUUGCUUGCAGCUGCAAUGGUACGUACGGCAUAUAUCCGGAUCAACCACAAGCUACUCUCUUCUAAAGUAGGUGAAGAACAAAAGUUCUUGGAUUUGCUAUUCCAAUACCAAAAGGGUGGACUAAUGAGAUGGAAUUUGGCGCUUUGGUAUGAUAUCGUUGAUGACUGGAUGAAAGACGAACAAUGGCUUAUUGACAUUGAAAAACAGUUUAUGUAUGGAACUGAGACCUCGCAAGAAAUGAAGGUUGUGACUGAACGGAGAGCAAGAAUUGGCGAAGGUUGGGAUUUAAUGGAACGAUUAGGAGCAAUGCUCCAUGGAGACGUUUUGUACGAGAGUAAGCCACAACAGAAUUACUAUGACACUUGGUCGAGUAGCAUUCUUAAGUAAUAAAUAGAGACAGCCUGUAUAGAAAUUUUAAUGUAAUAUUUGCAGUAUUGUGCACUGCGCGUUUGGUUCGUGUAACCGAAAAUGGAAACCCAUCACGAACCUU